AUGUCAGGUUACGACGAAGGGUAUACCUUUCCUCCAAACGAUGACCUACAAGACCCUGAAGAAGAAGAGAGGAAUGAGGAAGUUAAGCCUCAGGACGUGGACUUUUACGCCGUUUUAAAUGUUGCUAAAGAGGCUACUGAAGAUGAAAUAAAAGAAGCAUACAAAAGAUUAUGUAGAACGUUCCAUCCGGAUAAACAUGUAGAUCAAACAGAUAAGCUAGCAGCCGAGAAAAAGUUUCAGGUUAUUCAGAAAGCUUAUGAAGUGCUCGUGGACAAAACGAAACGCACAAUAUACGAUAUGUUUGGGGAAGAGGGGCUACGCACUUCAUGGGACGUGGGAAUGAAGCUUAAAACACCGCAAGAGUUGAGAGAAGAGUUUGAGCGGCAGAUGAGAGAACGUCGUGAAAAAGAUCUUGACAAUCUA